AUAUCAGUGAAAUCACAUCGCAUCUGUGAACAGGGAUCGUCUAAACAAUUGUUUCCUUCUAAAUUGUAGCGUCGUGGGUUGUUUAAACAAAAGAAAUGGCCGAAUCACAGGGGAAAUUUACACAGGAGGGUUUUGAAAGGACGUGAAGAACCCGUAAUGAAACAACUUAGAUUACAAAUCACCUUAAUAUGGCUGGUUUUACUCUCAAUUUCUCACACAAAAGGGAAACGUCUUCGUCCACGACGCAAAGUUGACUUUCUUUAUCCGUAUCGGACCAAUGCAUAUUUCCGAUUUUUAACCGAAAGGACACGAUAUGGACCAGAGAAAAGCGCGGUAGAUUAUGACGAGGCGCCGGAAAGAAUUAAGCGAGGAAGUAAUCGCUCUGAAAAUAAUAAAACUUUUCGACGGAAGAUUUCACACGGAUCUACCGCACUACCACAACCAGCAAAACCAUUGCGUGUAGUAGCCACUUCCGCUGUGAUAAAAAAUCGACUCAAGAAACCUCGACCACUGAAAGCAAUUCAUAUAUGGGGACCGACACCUUUUAAGACCGUGUUGCAAAACCUUCGAAAGAUUAACGACAAUCUUCAAAAGCAACGUGGAUCUGUGAAAAGGUUGUUUCUUCCCGUUCAACUUCAGCGAAUGCAAUUCUUAAACGAUUUACAUAAUAAACGUCUUUUCUCCGGAGCUAUUGGGCCGUUUCCACAUCGAAUUGCCCCUGUCAAUCUGGAAGGACAAUUUCCUCUUCCUUCUGAUGCAGUACACUCCCCCGAUGCAAUUCAUCUCGAUGAAGGACCCCAACCACCUCCUGUUAUGCCAGCUCCAAUUGGACCUAUACUUCCACCAUUGCCAGUUCCUCCACAGCCUGUUGCUCCCCUCCAUGAAAUGGGCCCUACGCACUUUCAAGAGAUGAACCCCAUUCAUACUUUUCUCCCAGAUCACGAAGCUGUCCCCAUUCACGAAAUUGCCCCUGAGCAUGACUUGGGACCAGAAACAGCAAUUCCCGAUGUAGGUCCAUCACCCCAAAUGGCUCCUAAUAACUUUGGUUUGCCUGACAUACCACCUCCCAAUUUAGUACCAAACUUUGUGCCACCACGUGGCUUGUUUGAGCCACCAUUUCCAUUUCUGGCUGGGGAAAUACACGAAGAGGUUAACCGCCACGUCCAUAAAGGUGUUUCAAAGGCAAAAUGCAGUCCUAAUCCAUGUAGAAACGACGGCAUAUGUACAGCUUUUGAGAAGCACUACGAGUGUGAGUGCCCCAUUGGAUUCAUGGGAAAAGACUGCGAGGAGGUUAACCACUGUCUUCCAAACCCAUGCAAGAAUGAGGGAAACUGCUACGCUACUUCAGAUGGUUACCACUGCACAUGCGUGAGAGGAUUCAAAGGGCCCAACUGCGAUAUCAGUAGCAAAUGCCUUCCAAGUCCAUGUAGGAAUGGUGGAACGUGCGAGGAGGAUGGUAGCUCGUACAAGUGCAUCUGUCUUCCUGGAUUUGAAGGAAGCAAUUGUGAAGCUGCUGACCAUUGUGCCAUUGGCAACCCAUGUAAGAAUGGCGGGACUUGUUUGAAUGGAGAAAAGAAAUUCGAAUGCCAUUGUUUACCUGGAUUUUAUGGUGUAGACUGUGGAGAUUUGGAUGUUUGUUACUCAAGUCCAUGUCAAAAUUCUGGAACGUGCCACAACACUGGAGCAGGGAAGUUUAUGUGCAUGUGUCCUCCAAUUUUCAGAGGAGUCACAUGCGAAGAAAGAAUUUCCAAAUGUGAAUCCCAGCCUUGCCAAAAUGAAGGAACCUGCAUAGAAGACGAGCUAGAUGGCUUUCACUGCAUUUGCUCUAGCAAGUAUCAAGGAAAACAUUGCGAAGAAUUACGCAGCGCUUGUUACAAAAAUCCUUGCAUGAAUGAAGGAAAAUGUGUUGUCGCUGGGGACACUUUUAAUUGCCGUUGUACUGAUGGAUUUACUGGAUCUACGUGCGAAGAUCUUGUCAUCGUAAAUCCAGUGAAAAUGUCGCUUGCUCUGCACUGCACCGAUUGCCAUGACCAUGCCAAGUGCAUCAAUGGAAAAUGUGUUUGUCAGGAAGGAUACGACGGAAACGGCAAUGUAUGUGAAGGUAUUUAUAAAAUUUGUUCUCUGCAGUUUUAUUUAAGAACAUUUUGAUAGCUGCAUGUUGUUCAUUGAAACGCAGUCGUGAAGUCAUUUCCAUUGUUAAUGUGACAGGUAUCAUG